AUGGUGAGAAGGUGGGAAUUUCUUAGGGUAAGAGAUGGGUUGGCAAGUGGGAGAUGGGUGGCUUGUAUCAUAGAAGCCCUAAACUUGCUCAAGCUAAAAGAGCAAAGGAGUUUCAGGGAAUGGGGACGAAGAAGGGAGAAGAAAGGAGGGGGUGGGUCGAGAGAAAAAGGGGCUUUGAAGGGGAAAAUAAAGAGAGAUCAGUGUCAAGCUUUCAGAGGGACGGACCCUUGGCCCACCAUUAGCAACAUCGAUAUUGUCCCCAACUUAAUCACAUGUUUAGCAGGUGUGGAGUUUCCCUUUAUACAAAAUAAGGGAGAGAGAGACAAGGAUAGAGAACUAGAGAGAGAGAAAUCGAAAUUGCAGGUGUACGACUCUAAAAUUGCAGUGCUCGACUUUGUGGCGUGUCUAUAUAACAAGAAUUUGUAUGAAAUCACAACAAAUACAAGUUUUGUAUUGAAGAUUUUGGAUGAGGAGUUGGUUUGGAUGACGAUAGCCAAAAGAAACGGGAUCUCGGAAGGAAGAAGAAAAGAGAAAGAAGAGAAGAGGAAAGAAAGAAAAAAGAAAAAGAAAAAAAGUAAAGGGCCUGGGAAGGAAGAAGAAAGAAAAAAAAAGGGGCCUAAGAAGAAAGAAGAAAAGAGAAAGAAAAAAGAAAAAAGAAAUGGGCCUGGGAAGGAAAAAGAAAGGAGAAAGGAACAAAAAAUGGGGCCUGGAAGGAAGAAAGAGAGGAAGAAAGAAAGAAAAGGGAGAAAAAACUAUACAUUUUUCAUUUUUUUAUGA